AUGCCAUUGGGUUUGUCAAAUACUGCAGCUGCAGCUGCAGUCGGAGAUAUGAUUGCUCAAAACGCUGCUGCAGCGGCUGCUGCUAGUGCUCCAUUUCCGGCUGCGGCAGCUGCAGCGGCAGCAGCAGCAGCUGCAACAAUACCGUCAGCUUCGGCCUUCCACCCAUCGCUACCGGAUCCGGUUUCCGGAGUUUCAAAAGGCGCUGUUGCUAUCGCGGCUGGUAAUUCGUUUCUAGCUGAUCCGGAGCAGACUAUGGUAAAUCACGUGGCAGAGCAAGUACAAAUGGCACAAGCACAGCUACAACAGGCAGCUCAGAUUGGGCAACAACUGCAGCAGCACGUUGCAGCGCAACAAAUGGUGCAACAGCAGGUGCUUUUUAAAGCAGUGCAAUUGGCUGCAGCACAAGCGCAGCAGCAUCAACUAGCUGCAGCAGCUGCGGCUGUAGUAGCUGCAGCUAGCAGUUUGACACCACAGAAACCAUCACAACCCGUCCUGAACGUUGCCAGUCAGUUGGAAGCACUGAACAAGCAGUUCACUCAACUUGGACAAAAUAGCUCGAACGUCGCAACAUACGGAACUGGAAACGAUGAAAUGGUGACAAUACCAAAAGACGUAUUCGUCCAUCUUGUCGAUCAGGACGGCUGCACCGCACCCAGCGAAAGUAAAGAGUGCGCUCAAAAGUGUACGUGUACUUGUCAAUGUGGCAGAUACCAAGCUGGAAAACUGAUAGUUGAUGAGGUAGGCAUAUUGCCUUCUUUUCUCAAAAAACCAUUUGUCAAAUACAUAUAUUUAUAA